AUGGAUCGUAGUUGGAUGCAAAAAAACCGCUCAAGUGAAGAGUAUAAAAAAGGAGUGUUAGAGUUUUUGACAUUUGCCGAAACUAAUCUUCCCAAAAGUAAUGGACGAUUUCAUUGUCCUUGUGCUAAGUGUGUGAAUAUUGCACCUUUAAAUGCUAACAUCGUAUGGGAUCAUCUUAUAGUCAAUGGGAUUUGUCAAAAUUCUACGAAGUGGAUAUGGCACGGUGAAUUGUCUGAUGCGCCAAUGGCCUCCCUGAGAGAAGAGUUUGAUAUAGAGGCGAGUGAUUAUCUAGAAGAAAUGAUUCGUGAUAUUGGACAAGACUCUUUUCAACGAGCACACGUACACGAUACUCUUUGCAAUGACAACAAAGUUCCUUUGUAUCCAGAUUGUAAAAACUUCACACGAUUGUCGGCCGUGCUGAGAUUAUUCAAUUUGAAGGCAAUUAAUAGUUGGACCGAUAAAAGCUUCACACAAUUGCUUGAGUUGUUGAAGGAAAUGCUUCCAGAUGAAAACACGUUGCCGGACCGGGUGUAUGAUGCAAAAAAGAUAUUAUGUCCUAUGGGUAUGGAGUAUAAGAAAAUACAUGCAUGCCCCAAUGAUUGCAUAUUGUACUGGAAAGAUAAUGAAGAGAAAGAAAAGUGUCCCAAGUGUAUGACAUCACGAUAUAAAAAGAAAGGUGAUGAUGAAAGUUGUGAUGUAACCACAAAGGGUCCUCCAGCAAAGGUGUUAUGGUACCUUCCAAUUAUUCCGAGGUUUAAGCGAUUGUUUGCGAACUUAAAUGAUGCGAAGAAUAUUAGAUGGCAUGCAGAAGAGAGGAAUUGUGAUGGAAAAAUUCGGCAUCCGGCCGAUUCUUUGCAAUGGAAGAAGGUUGAUACCUUAUUUCCUGACUUCGGCAAUGAACCAAGAAACCUUAGGCUUGGACUUUCUACAGAUGGAAUGAAUCCAUAUGGCAGUUUAAGUAGUAAUCAUACUUCAUGGCCUGUUCUAUUGAUUAUUUACAACUUAUCUCCUUGGUUGUGCAUGAAGAGGAAACACAUUAUGUUAUCUAUGAUGAUUUCGGGACCGAAACAACCUGGAAAUGACAUAGAUGUCUAUCUAAGUCCCUUAAUUGAUGACUUAAGAAAGUUGUGGGAUGAAGGAAUUGAUGUGUUUGAUAGUUUUUCAAAUGAAACUUUCAAAUUGCGUGCCAUGUUAUUUUGCACCAUCAAUGACUUUCCAGCUUAUGGUAACUUGUCUGGUUACAAAGUUAAGGGGCAUAAAGCAUGCCCUAUAUGUGAAAAAGAUACUUGCUACCAUCAGUUGGAGAAGGGAAAGAAGACUGUUUAUCUUGGACAUCGAAGAUUUCUUAAACGUAACCACCCAUAUCGAAGAUUAAAAAAGGCUUUUAAUGGAUAUCAAGAGUAUAAGGUUGCCCCGAAGGCCUUAACUGGAGAAGAAGUCUAUCACCGGGUGAGGAACAUAAGUGUUAGUUUUGGAAAAAAACAAAAAAAAGUUACAAAUAGUAAUAUAUGGAAGAAGAGGUCCGUGUUCUUUGACCUUCCAUAUUGGUCUAGUCUUGAUGUAAGACAUUGUAUUGAUGUAAUGCACGUGGAGAAAAAUGUGUGUGAUAGUGUAAUUGGAACACUUCUCAACAUUCAAGGUAAGACAAAGGAUGGUUUAAACUCUCGUUUAGAUAUAUGGUUAAUAUGA